ACCAGUGAGGUCAGUACUUAACAAUGAUCUCAUUGGGUGAGUCUAUUUAGCUUCUCCCUUACACGACCCAGGUGAUGUAAUCUUUAAAGAUGGAGUAGAAUACCGAAACACUUUGUACAAUGCACUUUGCCCCCACCAUAGAUAUUAGUCUUACCUGACUCUAUGGUUAAACUUCUGCGACAGUACUAUCAUAGAAUUGUGACUUGCUGGAUGUAUGCAAUUGAUUCUGGUUUACUAAAGUUUGAAAGCCGCAAUGUCAUACCCGCAGAAUCUGAGCUAUGCUGGUUAUGGAGGCGCUCAACCCAGUAGUGGCUAUCCCGGUAACACUGGCUACCCAGGCCAGCAAGCUCCAAAUUCUGCUGGUUAUCUUGGACAGCAAGCUCCAGGUUCAUACUCAGGCGGUGGAGGUUAUCCAAACCCACAGCAGCCCUAUACUGGAGGACAGCCACAGUCCGGAUUUGGUGGCCAGCCAUCGAAUUAUGGCUCUUACCCAGGAGGAUACGACGGAGUAAGUCCGGAAGUACAACAGUGGUUCAAUUCCGUCGAUGUUGACCGCUCAGGAAAAAUAUCAGCAAAGGAAUUACAGGCGGCACUUGUAAAUGGCCAGGGAAAGAAUUUUAAUGAGACAGCGUGUGCCCUAAUGAUAGGCAUGUUUGACCAAGACAAAAGUGGAACAAUUGAUGUCAAAGAAUUUCAGCUUUUAUACAAUUACAUAAAUCAGUGGCUUGCAACAUUCAGAAGUUAUGACAAAGAUGGUUCUGGAAGCAUUGAAGAACAUGAGUUGAACCAAGCUCUUCAGCAGAUGGGAUUCCGUUUCUCUCCGGAUUUUGUGAAGUUUCUAGUACAAAGGAGUGACACAAGAGAACAUAAACGUAUAACUGUUGAUCAGUUCAUUGUUAUAUGUGUGCAGAUUCAGAGGUUUACAGAGGCAUUUCGAGCGCGCGACAAGGAAAUGAGGGGUGUAAUUACUAUUGGAUUUGAGGACUUUUUAGGCUUGGCAUUGAGCUGUUCUGUAUGAAGUCACUUCUGUAUUAUGGAAGCUUUAUACCAGAUGGCUAUAUUCUUUCAAUAAACAUCAAUAGUUAUUGCCAGAA